AUGCUGGCAGGACUGCGACGACUUUCAGGCGGAACAAAUGUUAAGGUGUUGUUAACUCGUUUUGGUUCGGCCGUAGUUAAGCCAUUUGCAUUAUUUUUCUUUGCAUAUGUUGGAUUUCUGGAGAUAUUCGUAAGACGUUAUCUUGGUCGCUGUCUCUGUUUUGUGGUAUAUGGGCUGCUAAUCCUUGUUGUAACAUCCGAAUUCUUUGUUGUUUUACCUUAUGAGCAUCAUACUCGCAAUUCGAUUUUAAUACCGCUAUACGUUUUGGCAGCCUUUUAUAUCAUUCCAAACAUACUCUUUCAUUACUACAAGUCUUGUACAGUUGAUCCAGGAUUUCCAGAAAAGAGGAAUGUUGGACCAUGGUGUUCUCAAUGCAAAAAUUAUAAGCCUCAGAGAACUCAUCAUUGCUCGGUUUGUGCUCGUUGCGUUUUACAUAUGGACCAUCAUUGUGUUUGGAUAAACCAGUGCGUUGGGCUUUACAACCAUCGACACUUCUUCCAAUUUGUAGUUUUUGUUUGGCUUGGGAUGGUAUUGAUUUUGUACAGCAAUUACAACUGCUUUUGGGAGCAUUUGAACUAUCUCGAUAAUCCUGAGAUUAUGCCAUUCUGUGUCGAGGAUAUAGAGCUGGCUCCAUGGAAGGGUUGGGUCUGUUCUAAUAUGGGAAAAAUUGUAAGUGGUUGUCUAUUUUUCAAUUAUGGUCUGGCUAUUUUAUUGUUUUUUGUACUCGGUGGUUUUACGCUAUGGAUAGCCUACUUGGUAUCAAUUGGUGAAACACUAGUUGAGCUACUGCACCACACUAACACACUUCCAUGUAUAUCACGCACUCGUUCACCGUAUGAUCUCGGUUUUGUAGCCAACUGGAAACGUUUUCUUGGAAUUAAUAGGAACCACACGUUUAUUCGCCAUAUAUUGUUGCCCUCUUCUCAUUUUGAACCUUUUUCAAGAAAUGAGUCUCUGGAACAUUUGAUUUAA